CGUGGGUGGGGCGGGCAAGGUCCUGCCUGGCCUCUGGGCGCAGCUGGAGGGUUCUGGAGUGCAGGCAGAGCUCGCAUCAUUCAGAGUCCCCUCUGCGAGACUUUAGAGAAAGCCGGACUACUGCUGUGCCACUAGCAAGGGAUUGGGACUCACGGACUACAGAGCAGAAGGAGCCUCAGAAACUGUUUAAAUCAUGGAAAACCACAGCAAGCAAACUGAGGCUCCCCACCCGGGAACAUAUAUGCCAGCUGGGUAUCCCCCUCCGUAUCCACCAGCAGCUUUCCAAGGGCCUUCAGACCAUGCUGCUUACCCCAUACCCCAGGCUGGCUACCAAGGGCCUCCGGGCCCCUAUCCAGGGCCCCAACCUGGCUACCCAGUCCCACCAGGAGGUUAUGCAGGUGGUGGCCCUAGUGGCUUUCCUGUCCAAAAUCAGCCAGCAUAUAAUCAUCCAGGUGGACCUGGGGGGACCCUAUGGAUGCCAGCCCCCCCUCCUCCACUGAACUGUCCACCGGGGCUGGAAUACUUAGCUCAGAUUGAUCAGCUUCUGGUUCAUCAGCAAAUUGAGCUUCUAGAAGUCUUAACAGGCUUUGAAACAAAUAACAAAUAUGAAAUCAAGAACAGCCUCGGGCAGAGAGUUUACUUUGCAGUGGAAGAUACUGACUGCUGUACCCGGAACUGCUGUGGGGCGUCUCGACCUUUCACCUUGAGGAUCCUGGAUAAUCUGGGCCAAGAAGUCAUGACUCUGGAGAGACCUCUGAGAUGCAGUAGCUGCUGCUUCCCCUGCUGCCUCCAGGAGAUAGAAAUCCAGGCUCCUCCUGGGGUGCCAGUAGGUUAUGUGACUCAGACCUGGCACCCAUGUCUGCCCAAGUUCACUCUCCAAAAUGAGAAGAAGCAGGAUGUUCUGAAAGUUGUUGGUCCGUGUGUUGUGUGUAGCUGCUGUUCAGACAUUGACUUUGAGCUCAAAUCUCUAGAUGAAGAAUCAGUAGUUGGCAAAAUUUCCAAGCAGUGGUCUGGUUUUGUGAGAGAGGCCUUCACGGAUGCAGACAACUUUGGGAUCCAGUUCCCGCUAGACCUGGAUGUGAAGAUGAAAGCUGUGAUGCUUGGUGCUUGUUUCCUCAUAGAUUUCAUGUUUUUUGAAAGAACUGGAAACGAGGAACAAAGAUCAGGAGUAUGGUAGUAGUUUCCUGAAAUCCCUCUUGAGGUUUAAGGACUACAAUUUUAUGGACACUGAAUGGAAACUGAGGAAUCAAAAGGCACACACCCUGGCUUCUUUUCCUUGACUGAAAUAACUUUCUAUCAACUCACCUGUGAUGCCUGUGUGCCCUGUUGUACAACUAUGCUCUCAAAUUAGGGUUUAUUUUUUAGGAUUCUGUCAUGUAUUUGUUUUUAUACAUUCUUAAGGUUUUCACUGUGAAUUUGGGAAAACAGUUAUAUGAAUUUAUACACAUAGAAAUGAUCUUCUCUAUGAAAAAAAUGCUUUGACUUUGUCUUUCAUUUCCCAUUUUUGUGGAAACUUUAAUGCUAUUGUAAUUUAAUAUAAAACUACACACUAAAUAUAAUUAUGAUUUACACAAAA